AUGAUCUGGCAGCCCUUAAACUUAACCGAUGUUUGUCCGCCCUACACACCUGUCACAGCUUGCUCUCCCUUCGGAUAUAUAUACUUAAACUUAUUAGUCAACCUGUACGGCGGUUCAUCUGAUGCUAGGAAACAUUGGUCUCAUAACGAGCCAGAAGACAUCAGAAAUGAGUACGACUUCAUCGUCGUCGGAGCUGGCGCAGCGGGUUGCGUUGUUGCUAACAGAUUGACUGAAAACCCUAAUUGGAAGGUACUUCUUUUGGAAGCAGGGCCUGAACAACCAGAUGUAACCUUCGUACCUGGUCUUUCUACAGCGCUCCUGGGGUCAAACAUAGACUGGGCAUACACCACUGAACCUAAUGGAAAGAGUUGCCUUGCACACCCAGGAGGAAGAUGUUCAUGGCCGAGGGGUAAAAUGAUGGGAGGUUCGAGUUCAAUCAAUUCCAUGGCUUACAUUAGGGGUAACAGAGCAGACUAUGAUGGCUGGGCUUCUCUUGGUAACGCCGGGUGGAGCUACAAAGACGUGUUACCUUUCUUUAAGAAAUCAGAAAGAAACGUUAAUAUCGAAGCUUUAGAUCCUAUAUAUCAUGGCGUCGAGGGAGAGCAGUUUGUAUCAAGGUAUCCUUAUAUAGAUGAUCCCUCUUGGAUGCUGACUGAAGCUUUCAAUCAGAGAGGACUCCCAUUAACCGACUAUAACGGAGCUCGUCAAGUAGGAACUAUGCAAGCUCAAGCAUUUUCUCUGUUAGGUGAAAGAGUAUCAACAAAUACGGCGUUCAUACAACCCAUUAGAGAUAAGAGGAAGAAUCUUACUGUCAAAACAAACUCCGAAGCUCUAAGAAUUCUCAUUGAUGACAACAAAAGAGCAUACGGAAUAGUUUAUUUGCAAAACAACAACAUGUUUACGGCCAUUGCCCGUAAGGAAGUAAUAGUCAGCGCUGGAUCUAUCAAUUCACCGAAAUUGUUGAUGCUAUCCGGCAUUGGACCAAAAGAUCACUUAGAGAGUUUAGGCAUACCAGUAAUUCAAGAUCUAGCUGUUGGUGAAAAUUUACACGACCACGUAACAUUCAAUGGUGUUAUUGUAGCUUUGCCUAACAAAACAGCUACAACAGUCAGUGAAAACGAAAUUUUAGAAUCGGUUCAAGAAUACGCUGAAAUGAAGUACAAAAAUGGUCCGUUGUCUGGUAAUGGUCCAGUGAAUUCUAUAUCUUUCAUAAAAACUGAUCCUAACUUAAUUGCUCCGGACGUACAAUUUCAAGUGAACCACGUUUCUAAUUGGAGACAGUUUAUUCAGGAUCCAAUUACUGCUGAGUCAGUCGCAAUAUUUCCAACAGCAUUUUACGACGCUGUUUUACCAAGGACUAUGAACUUAGUACCUAAAAGUAGAGGUGUUCUUCUAUUAAAUGAAUCCGAUCCAAAUGGUCCACCGUUGUUAUACCCUAAUUAUUUAAGUGAUGACUCUGAUCUCAUACCUUUAUUAAAAGGUGUUAGAUUUCUCCUAUCAUUAGAAAACACAAAAGCAUUUAGAUCUCAUAGCGCAUAUUUUGUCCGGGAGCCGAUGCCAGCUUGUAGAAAUUACGAAUGGGGUACCGAUGAGUACUAUAUUUGCUUAGCCAAAUCAUACACAUCGAGUACAUACCAUCCUGUAGGCACUUGUAAGAUGGGUCCGAAAUGGGAUGAAAAGGCUGUUUUAGAUAAUCAAUUAAGGGUGUACGGUGUUGCUGGAUUAAGAGUCGUCGACGCCUCAAUAAUGCCAUUUGUCAUUCGAGGAAACACCAAUGCUCCUAGCAUCAUGAUUGGAGAGAGAGGAGUGGACUUCAUUAUUAAAUAUUGGAACAAAUACAAUCAAGCUUACUAUUCGUAUAAAUGAUUUUAUGUGAUCUUCGUUAGUCUACAUUAGUUUUAAUCAAGUAAUUUAAUUGAUACUAGUGUAUUUAUUUAGGAAUCCGAAACUUUAUUUGUGGCUUUUAGGCAUCGUCAUAGAUAGUGCAUGAUUUCAUAACGCUUGUAAAUUUUUUGUUUUUUAAUCAAAUCGUAUAUCGAUUAUUUCUUCCUAUCUUUAAUAAAUUAUUUUCGAUUUUUUUCAACAUUAUAAAAUGUUGCUUUGGAAUCUAUUGUAAAAUAUCAAAUUGUAAACUGGUAAAAAUUAAUCUGUUAUUAAAUAAUCUGGCAAUACUGAA